AUGUCCCUUCUUCACGAGAAACCCCUCUCAAAAGUUGACGAUGAAGAAGGCAUCGAGGAGAGCGCGGAGGAGUAUUCUUACGACGUCCCCAGCCAGUCUUCCUCUAUGCCGUCUGAAGAUAGGGUGCUCAUCUGGCCGGAGGACGAUGAGCAGGAGGAAGCUGGAAGGCAAGAAGCAGGGCCCCGAAUAGAACGCUGGCUCGACCAGGUUACCGAGGCCACAAACAACAAACCGUUUGCGCACCCACUUCCACAGGUGGAGAGGCAGUUGUCAUAUCUACGUAUGCAGCCAUCAAAAGGUUUGGAAUGGAUAGAGAAAGGGGCUAGUAUCAACCGAAAGGUGCUUGGUGACUUUCGGGGGGAAAACUGCCGACCGGAUUUCACGCUCGAUAUCGAAUAG